GACAAAAUGGCCCCUUACGUGUUCAGAAUGCGAAUGCUUUGGAUUACAGUUCUAACUUUAUUUAUUCCUGCAGUUUCAACAAAGAACAGAAAACCAAACAUUGUGUUUCUAUUGACUGAUGACCAAGAUGUUAAGCUUGGGGGACAGACACCAAUGACCAAAACAAAGAAUCUUGUUGGUGACAAAGGGAUAAUCUUCGAAAAUAUGUACGUUAGUGCGCCCCUUUGCUGUCCCAGUCGGUCAAGCAUCUUGACCGGGAAAUAUGUCCACAGUAAUGGCGCCGUUAACAAUUCUCUGACGGGAAACUGUAGCAGUCCGUAUUGGCAACGGACACAGGAAGUCAAGGCAUUCCCCACCUACCUCAAAGGCCAGGGAUACUCCACCUUCUUUGCCGGGAAAUAUCUAAACCAGUAUGGGACACCGAUGGCGGGAGGGGUGGAGCACGUACCCCCGGGCUGGGAUUGGUGGAUCGGUCUGGUUGGGAACUCUAAAUACUACAACUAUCACCUGUCUGUGAACGGUACCCUGGAGGUCCAUAAGGAUGACCCCAAGACCGACUACCUCACCGACAUCAUAAAUAGACGGGCCACAUCAUUUCUGAGUCUACAGAACUCGGACUCCGCCCCUUUCUUCAUGAUGUUGUCCACCCCUGCUUGUCACGGUCCGUUCACCCCCGCCCCCAAAUACCAGAACAACUUCCCCAACAAGACAGCCCCACGGGACGGAAGUUAUAAUAAACACGGUCAUGACAAGCACUGGUUAAUACAACAAGCAAUAACACCGCUACCCAACGACACGGUCAAGACGGAAGACCAAGUGUUUAGAAACAGGUGGCGGACGCUGCUCUCUGUUGACGAUAUGAUGGAGAACAUCGUCAAUAUUCUCCAAACGAAAAACCUCUUGGAAAACACAUACAUCGUAUUUUCUUCCGACAACGGGUUCCAUUUAGGCCAGUUUUCUAUGCCCUCUGACAAGCGUCAGCUAUACGAGUUCGACGUCCGUGUGCCGCUAAUGAUCCGAGGACCAAACGUCACAGCCGGCCGAGUGGUUAAGGAGCAGGUUAUGAACAUAGAUUUAGCACCGACAUUCUUAGAGAUGGCUGGUCUUCUUUCAACCCCGGGGCAGAUGGACGGACUGUCCUUGGCCCCCUUCUUUUCCUCUGCCUCCAAUCAAACCUGGGGCCGGUCAACCAUUCUUGUAGAACACCAGGGAGAAUACCAUGAGAAUACACCCGGAUGUCCGCAAUUCGGACGACAAAAUAUGGCGAACUGUAAUAAUCAUUGUGUAUGUGAAGAUUCUUGGAAUAAUACGUACUCCUGUGUGAUUAAGCGAGAGUCUGCAGUCUCACCCAGUCAGCCGGGCCGCCGUGUCAAAUAUUGCUUACUCAAAGACAACCAGAAUUUUCAAGAAAUGUACAAUUUGGAUACGGAUCCAGACGAAUUUAAGAAUCUGGCCGUCACUUUGCCAGAAGACAAAAAGAAGGACCAUGAAAGUUCUCAAAAGAAGGAUUCGCGAUGGGCCCAAACUAUUAGUGAUAUGGCAGUGAACAAUGCCAGCAAUGGUGAGAUAACUGUUGACAAUCUUCUAACCUACAGUAGCAUCAGUGGGGAUGCCAGUUCAUGUGAUGAACAAUUCUCCAGGUUGAAAGCAUACAUAAACAAAGGAAGUGAACCAUACAGGAGCCAGCUUCAGCCCCUGUUGUACCCGUUGUUUGUUCACCUGUACCUUGAUCAGUUGUGCAAUGGACACAAAACACCAGCUCAUCGAUUCUACAGUAAACAUUUGAAGUUGUUUGAGAAUGAGAAGUCCUUCACCCACACACUUGAAUCUAUACACAAGUUGUACAACCAAUCUGAUGUGUCAGGUUGUCUAGAGGCAACAGAUUUCAGGGAGAAUAAAUUCAAAAUAAAGUUAUCAGAGGAGGCUUUGGAAUAUUUACUUAGACAUUUAAAGCAUGAAGACAACAGCACAAUAUAUCAAAUUUUUAAUCAACAUAUUAAGUUAGAAAAUACAGUUGACAAUGAAGCCAAAGGAAAGCUGGAUUUAACCGAGGGCUUGAGUACAACAAAGGAGGAGUCUUUUGAGAUAAAGGAAGAUCCAGAGCACUUGGAGGCUAUGUCAGCAUUACAACUGUCAAUCAGACAAGUGAGGGAGGGGCCUCCAUGUCUACCCUCCAUUUGUUUCUACACAUUCAUCAAUGCAUACCAAGGGCUGUGCACUGUUGAUAUCUCGCCUGAUAAAACCCUCAUUAGUGCUGGGUUUGAGGAUGCUUCUAUCAAGCUUUGGAGCACCACCCCUAGUCUCUUGCAGUCCACCCCCCAAACAGUGGACCCUUGUAAACUGUACAUAGCAGCCGAUUACUGGAACGUGGACGUUUUAGAAGAAAGUAAGCCCCGCUACACAGAGACGGUGACCCUGAGGGCCCACAGCGGCUCUGUCUACAAGACCUGCUUCUCCACGGACUCCAAGCACCUGCUGUCUGCAUCAGAGGAUGCUACAGUUCGGUUGUGGGAUAUGAGCACACAUACCAACAAAGUGUGUUAUAAAGGUCAUAAUGCUCCAAUUUGGGAUCUAGAUGUUGGAAGCAUUGGCGGGUACUUUGCCAGCAGUUCACAAGACCGCACAGCCAAACUGUGGGUCAGUGACAGGAUUUAUCCAGUACGCACAUUUGCUGGGCACAACCUGGAUGUAGAUUGUGUCAAGUUCCAUCCUAACUGUAAUUAUCUGGCCACCGGUUCCUCUGACCGCUCAGUCCGCCUCUGGACGCUACAGGACGGGAAGUCUGUGCGACUGAUGCACGGCCACAGAGGAACCAUCAUGACACUGACAUUCUCACCCAACGGAAACUACCUAGCAUCUGCAGGUGAAGAUAAGAGAAUAAGAGUGUGGGACCUGAGCUCUGGACAGCUGUACAAGGAACUGAAGGGUCACACCGACACCAUACACUCCCUGUCCUUUAGUGGAGACAGCACCCUGCUGGCCUCAGGUGGGAUGGACUGUACAAUAAAAGUCUGGGACAUCAGGAAAGGCGUGGCCAGUAGCAGUUCCCACUCAGAUGGAAUUUCAUCCCCUGAACUGCUAGGAUCCUUUUCCGCAAAAUCUGCGGUGGUGACUUAUUUACAGUAUUCAGAGCACAAUGUACUCAGAGGAGCAGGGGCGGUGUGAAUAUAAAAUUUGGUAUUGCUUGAGUGAGAGAAAUUCCCCUGUCUGAAGAUUGGAAGAAAACAAAAGGAAGUGAUAAGUUCACUGGAUGUGUUCAGUCAGAUUUGCCAUUUGAUAGACAAAUACUGUAGAGAAAUGUGGACCAAGAUUUAUAGGAUUAAUCCCCUGUAAAGUACUGUUGAAGUCAGUAAUCACUGAAGCGGCUCAGUUGUCAAGGUUUUUUCCAAGUGCAAUAACUGGUUAUUCCUGUAAUAUAUGAUACAAUCAAACAAUCAAACAAUUGGUUACUCUGAGUCAAUUUUAACUUAAACAAAUUCUCAAUGCUUACAAACGAUUUCUUACUCUGAUUCAGUAACUUAAACAAAUUCUCUAUACUGACAAACAAAUGGUUACUCGAGUCAGUAACUUAAACAAAUUCUGUAUGCUGACAAACAAUUGGUUACUCUGAGUCAGUAACUUAAACAAAUUCUCUAUGCUAACAAACAAUUGAAAAUAAUCAUGGGUUUGGGUAGUGUUUUUCUUUAAAUAUUUGUAAAAUUUAUGGCAUGCAAGAGGUACUUGCAUUUAAUUAAUGUUCUUAAAAGAUCUCAAGAAGAGUAAUAUGAAAGAAUAAAUCUUUUAUGUACCAGUA